AUGACGCUCCUGGACGUGGUGAAGGUGCAUCUGCAGUCCCAGCGCCCCUCGAUGGCCACCGAACUGAUGCCGUCCUCUAGACUCUGGAGCGUCUCCUACACGAAGUUGCCCUCCUCUCUCCAAGCCACAGGGACGGGCCUCCUGUACUGCAAUGGUGUCCUGCAGCCCCUGUACCUGUGCCCACACGGCACACGUUGUGCCAGCGGCUUUCAUGAGCCCACCCGAUUCACCAGCACCAUGGAUGCCUUUGUGAAGAUUGUGCGGCAUGAGGGCACCAGGACCCUGUGGAGUGGCCGACCAGCCACCCUGGUGAUGACUGUGCCGGCCACUGCCAUCUACUUCACCUCCUAUGACCAACUCAAGACCUUCCUGUGUGACCGAGCCUUGACCUCUGACCUCUAUGCCCCCAUGGUGGCUGGCACUCUGGCCUGCUUGGGCACUGUGACUGUGGUCAGCUCCUUGGAGCUGGUGAGGAUGAAGCUACAGGCUCAGCAUGUGUCCUAUCAGGAGCUGGGCACCUCUGUUCAGGCCGCAGUGGUGAGGGGCGGCUGGCGCUCCCUGUGGCUGGGCUGGGGGCCCACUGCCCUUCAGGACGUGCCCUUCUCAGCCCUGUAUUGGUUCAACUACAAGCUGCUGAAGAGCUGGCUGAGUGGGCCCAGGCCAAAGGACCAGCCAUCCGUGGGCAUCAGCUUUGUGGCUGGCGGAAUCUCAGGGAUGGUGGCAGCCUUCCUGACUCUGCCCUUCGAUGUAGUGAAGACCCAGCGCCAGGCUGCGCUGGGCACAGUGGAGGCUCUGAGAGUGAGGCCACCACGGGUCCGCUCCACCUGGGUGCUGCUGAGGAGGAUCCAGGCCGAGUCCGGCACCAAGGGGUUCUUUGCAGGCUUCCUGGCCCGGAUCAUCAAGGCCGCCCCUUCCUGUGCCAUUAUGAUCAGCACUUAGGAGUUCAGCAAAAGCUUCUUCCAGAAGCUCAAUCAGCAGCAGCUGUCAGGCCCUUGAAAGG